GUAGUGAGAAACAGAUGAAUAGAACGUUGUGUCUGUUAUGUGAGGCUGAGGAACCUUGAACAUGGACAAAACGGUUUAGCUUCUGUCACAACCUAAGUAAUACACCGUCUUUCUAUCCUGCACAUCUGCUACGAUUACGAUCAGCUGGACCUGAACUGGUUUUUGAACACUAAUGGCGCUCUAAGGUACAGACAACUAAGCUAAACCAGGUUCUUCGUUCACUGACGUCACGGUACAUCAAGCUCACUGAAGUGUCUCCCUGCAUCAUGGUGGACUACUACCAGGUUUUAGGAGUGCGGAGAGAUGUGUCUGCAGAUGACAUAAAGAAAGCGUACAGAAAGUUGGCCCUGAGGUGGCACCCUGAUAAAAACCCAGAUAACAAGGAGGAGGCGGAGAGGAAGUUUAAGGAGCUGUCCGAGGCCUAUGAAGUCCUGUCAGAUGCCAACAAGAGGAGCAUAUAUGAUCACUAUGGUAAAGAAGGACUGACAGGGAACAGUGGAGGGCGAGGUCAUUUCCAUAACGGGGAACAUUUCCAUGAACCAUUCACAUUCCGUAACCCAGAAGAUGUCUUUAGGGAAUUCUUCGGUGGCAGAGACCCAUUUGCAGACUUUUUUGGUACUGAUCUCUUUUGUGAUGAUCCUUUUGUCAGCAACAGCCGGCAUCACCAAAGCCCGGCAGGUCGUAGCCGGACAGGUGGCUCUUUUUAUGGGGGCUUUAUUGGUUUUCCUCCCUUUGGUGCUGGUUUCUCACCAUUUGACCCAGGCUUUGGUUCUUUUGGAACCAUGAGCACCAUGGCUCCUAUGGGUCACAUGACACCCAUGGGCAGUUUGGCAGGUGGUGGCUUCACCUCUUUCUCUUCCACAUCCUUUGGGGGAAGAGAUGGGGGAGGUCUGGGCAACUUCCGCUCUGUAUCCACCUCGACCAAGAUGAUCAAUGGCAGGAAGAUCACUACUAAAAGAAUCGUGGAGAACGGUCAGGAGCGAGUGGAGGUGGAGGAGGAUGGGCAGCUGCGGUCAUUAACCAUUGAUGGUAGAGAGCAGCUGCUGCGACUCGAACACAAGUAAAGACCAAAACAUCUUCUGCUGGAGAAGUGUUUUACCUCAGCACAAACAAACUUGAGCUUGAAAUGGAAAAGAAAAAAAUGUAUUAUUGGCUGGAUGUACAUAUUUAGGUUGUGUUUAUUUCCCCCUCAUGUCCUCUACCUGCUGACUUUCAUGUGUUAACCGACUAUUCAAACCAGAAGAUUUGGAUGCAGACUUUUCUAUGCAUUUUGUUGGUGUGUUUCUGAAUUGAAGCUGUCAUUUUAUUUUGGCUCGGGGUGGUGGUGGUGGUGGUGGUGGUGGUGUUUCAGUGUUUGGGACCACAGUGUCGUUCUGAUAUGUCCAGCACAUACACUGUGUUCAGAACAUAAAGCAUGACUUUGCUUUUUUUUCAUCUGAAUAGUGUCGAAACUGUUAAAUUUGACGUUUACGAUAGGAAUAAUUGAGGCAUCUUCCUGGGCUCCGUUUACUGCUUGGCUAACCGCUUUGUAGUAAUUCCUUUCUUCUUUUUCUUUUUUUAAAAUAAAAUAAAGAAUGCAUUGCUGGUAGAUGGUGGUAUGCAAUUUUAUAUGUUCUAAUACCAAUGUGUUUAUUUAAAUGUGCAUGUACACCUGUUGAUGUUGAGUCUUACUGUUAAAGCUGCAUUAUAAUGCACAAAUAAAGGAAGGCAUUAUGUAAAUGA